CAUUUCUUUUUUGGAGAAAGCACUUUAAAUCAUCUUGAUUGGAGAGAACCGUGAGAAAUUAAUCUCCGUGAGUUCUGCAUUUGAUAUUAGAAUCUUAUAGUUGAAUAGCGCCUGAUCGAGAGACGCAGAACCAAAAAAAAGAAAAGAAAAUCCGAACCCAAAAACCGAAGAUUAAACAAAUCUCAUCAAUCUUCUUCUUCUUCUUCUUCUCAUGGCUCCUCCCAAAGUUGUUCUCAUGGUGGCUGAGAAGCCCAGCAUCGCUGUCUCCAUUGCUACCCAACUCUCCCAUGGCCAAAUGUCUACUAGAAGGGGUAGCACAGAUGUGCAUGAAUUCGAGGGAAUGUUUCUCGGCUUUCGCGCUCAAUUUAAAGUCACCUCAGUCAUUGGGCAUGUGUUCAGUGUAGAUUUUCCAGCAACAUAUCAAAAUUGGACAGCCACCGACCCUUUGGAUCUUUUCCAAGCUCAAAUUACUAAGACAGAAUCAAACCCUAAGGCUCAUAUUUGUAGGCAUUUAAGUCAAGAAGCUCGCAGCUGUGGUUAUUUGGUGUUAUGGUUGGAUUGUGACCGUGAAGGAGAAAAUAUUUGCUUUGAAGUUAUUGAUUGCACUGGCUUUCGUAUGAGGGAAGCUAGAAAAAGGGUUUAUCGUGCGCGGUUCUCUUCUGUUACAGACAAAGACAUUUUGAAGGCCAUGGAUAACCUUGUCGAACCCAAUGAAGAUGAGGCACUGGCUGUAGAUGCUCGGCAAGAGAUAGAUUUGAAAGUUGGAGUUGCAUUCACGCGAUUUCAAACUACUUAUUUCCAGGGAAAAUAUGGGAAUCUUGAUGCUAGAGUCAUAUCCUACGGACCAUGUCAGACUCCUACACUUGGGUUUUGUGUACAGCGUUAUUUGCAAAUAACUACUUUUAAGCCUGAGAAGUUUUGGGCUUUGCAACCUUACAUGAUACAAAAUGGUUAUGAACUUAAGCUAGAAUGGGAGCGUGACAAGUUGUUCGACUUAGAUGUUGCUACGAUGUUUCAAAAGUUAGUAAUGGAAGAUGGAAUUUUAGAAGUUACUGAAAUAUCAGAAAAACAGGAAAGCAAAAGUCGGCCUGCUGGUCUUAAUACAGUGAAUCUUCUGAAGGUUGCUUCAAGUGGCAUGGGCUUUGGACCUCAAAUGGCUAUGCAACUGGCUGAACGCUUGUACACUCAAGGAUUUAUAAGUUAUCCACGCACAGAGAGCACAGCCUAUCCUUCUUCAUUUGACUUCAGAGGCACACUUGGUGCACUAGCGAAUAACACGAUAUGGGGCAAUGAUGUACAGAGAUUACUUGCCAAUGGGUAUCAUAAACCGCGAUUGGGAUCCGAUGCAGGCGACCAUCCUCCUAUUACCCCAAUGCAGUCAGCAACUGAGGAUAUGCUGGGCAAAGAUGCUUGGAGACUAUAUCAGUAUGUCUGUCAACACUUUAUAGGGACUGUCUCUCCUGACUGCAAGUAUUUAAGGACAAAGGUCAAAUUUUCAAUUGGUGGAGAAUGCUUCCAUUGCACUGGGCAGCGCGUUAUAGAUGAAGGAUUUACAUCUAUUAUGCCAUGGUUGGCAGUAACUGAGAGAAAUCUUCCUCGGUUUACAAAAGGAGAGAAGAUAGAAGCUUCAAAAGUGGAGCUAUAUGAGGGGAGUACCAUGCCUCCAGAUUAUCUUAGUGAGAGUGAACUGAUUUCCCUGAUGGAGAAGAAUGGAAUAGGCACUGAUGCUUCAAUACCUGUGCAUAUUAACAACAUAUGUGAGCGCAACUAUGUGCAGGUACAAGCAGGCAGGAAGUUGGUUCCAACCAGCCUGGGUAUCACCCUGAUAAGAGGCUAUCAAUGUAUUGAUCCAGAUCUCUGUUUGCCAGAUAUUCGAAGUUUCAUUGAGCAACAGAUUACUCUUGUUGCUAAAGGUCAAAUGGAUCAUUUUCGUGUUGUGCAGCAUGUCCUACAACAGUUCAAACAAAAGUUCACUUAUUUUGUUAAGCAGAUUGAAAAUAUGGAUGCAUUGUUUGAAGCACAGUUUUCUCCACUUGCUGACUCAGGACGUGCUCUUAGUAAGUGCGGUAAAUGCCUGCGGUACAUGAAAUACAUCUCUAUGCAACCAUCACGUCUGUUCUGUGGUACAUGUGAGGAGGUUUAUUAUCUUCCUCAAAAUGGUACCAUCAAGUUAUACAAGGAACUUUCUUGCCCUUUAGACAACUUUGAGCUUCUGAUCGUUUCCAUGCCUGGCCCAGAAGGCAAGUCAUUCCCACUCUGCCCAUACUGCUACAAUAGCCCUCCAUUUGAAGGUGUGGACACACUCUUUGGUGCUGUCAAAACCGGUAAUUCUGGCAAAUUGGGGAAGGGAGCUGGAAUGCCCUGCUUCCUCUGCCCACACCCCACAUGCCGACAUUCACUGAUUGCCCAAGGAGUAUGUGCUUGUCCAGAAUGUAGUGGGACACUUGUUCUAGACCCUGUAAGUGCUCCGAAGUGGAGACUUAAUUGCAAUAUGUGCAAUUGCCUUGUCUUCCUCCCUCAAGGUGCUCACAAGAUUUCCACUACUCAGGAGCGAUGUCCUGAUUGUGACUCUAAAAUCAUAGAAGUUGACUUCAACAAGAAGACAACACCUUUGGAGGAUGGAGCUACCAUAUAUGUUGGUUGCAUUCUUUGCGAUGAGUUGCUUCAUUCACUUGUUGAGAUGAAGCAUGGCAAAUCAUUUUACAAGCGCAUGGGUUCGAGAGGAAGGGGGAGAGGAGCUGGAAGAGGGCGAGGACGGAGCAGCGGGAAAAGGGUGGACCCCAAAAUGAGUUUCCGAGAUUUCUGAACUACACAUGAUAUACAUACUUUUGACAUCUGAAACUGCCAGCGCUGUUCAACUUAGAAACUGUUUGUUGUUUUCCCUUUUCGAAGCAAAGUUGACAUUUGGGUUAUGUAGAGAGUGUCGUCGUCCAUGACAAGGGAUUAUGUCUUGUUAUGUGGAGUGGCUCUCAUCAGGUUGAGAUUUGGUCUUGACUCUUGAGGGGAUUGAGUUCUUCUAUCUAUUUGUAAUUCUUAUGUAAAAAAAAAAGGAAGAA